GCCCUCUCACCUUGCGAGCGCUGCGGUGGAUGAGGAAAGGCUCGGGGCUCCCCAAGGGCCCGCAGGCAUUCUCGGCGGGCAGCCCUGCGGGGGAGGCGGCCGCCGGGAGCAGCGGCGGCGGGACGUGUUCAAAAUCUCUGAAGAUGCAGAAGAUGCAUAUGAAGAUGUAUGAAAUCCAGCAACUACCUGGGCAUGAGGUGCACACAGCUGAGCAAUCCAUUGCUCCCCAGUCUGCCAGACAUCAAUUUCACGACAGAGGUCAUGAGAGUUUGGAUCGAGUUUGGUAUACCUGGCAUCAAAGAAGAAGGGUAAAAGAAUGCCAAAUCAGGUAUCUGGCAAACAAAUUCUUCUGUAUAUGGGCAAAAAAGACAUUUGGACAAGUUCUCCCUUCCAAAGCCAGAUGCUUUUAUGACCAGAAGAUUCUUCAAAAAACUUUUGGAGAGUGGAAGGAGUGGUGGACUGUUUGCAGAGAAGGAAAGCUCAGCCUCAGAGCAGACAACCAUUACAGGCAUUUUCUGUGCAAUUUGAUGUUCAAGGCCUGGAGAGCCCAUGUAAGGCAGCAACAAGAGAAGAGGAACAAAUACUGUGUUGUACAGUCUCAUGCAAAGAAGCAAAACUUGCUCAGGACCUGGCAGUGCUGGCUGGUUUAUGUUGAUGUCCGAAGGACAAAACGUGGGAUGCAGUCUGUGGCAUGGGCAUUCAGGGAAAGAAGCUGUUUGCGCAUAUCAUGGGCGGUGUGGAGAAGACGCUACCAGAGUGGCACAGGACAUAAAAUGAAUGUUUUGGCUCUGCAGCAUUGGGCCCAGAGCCUGCAAUUUCGAGCUUGGCUGCAGUGGCGAGAGCUGUAUUUGUACAACCAGAAUAACAAGCAGAAGGAGACUAGGGCAGUAACUCACAAUCGGCACUGGGAGUUGAAGAGGUGCAUGGAAGCAUGGCUGGGAUAUGUAAACCUUCACAAAACAAAGAAACUUCAGACUGAGCUGGCCCAAGAGCAUCACCAAAGCAGGAUAAUUCGGUGGUGUUUCUCUAGCUGGCGGCUGUCGUGGGAGUGCAGGAGAAGAAUGCAUGCUCACCAAAAGGACAUGGAAAAGCUAGCAUCAAGGAUUGCCUUACGGAGAGUCUUUGCACACUGGAAGCAUUAUGUUGUACUGUGUGUGGAAGAGACGCGGCAGUGUGAGCUGGCUGAAAAACACUACAGGCAUCAUCUGUUGACGCUGGGGUUUAAGGGUCUCUGGCAGAACGUUGUCAACAGUCAUCUUCAGCAGAUGAGGAAAAAUCUGUCACACCGUCAGCACCAGGUUACAGUGCUGCAGAAGUUCUGGAACCGCUGGAAGUCCCGUUUGGAAGAGAAAGAAGAACAGCAGCAGCAGGCCUUAACAACAGUAGCUUAUGCCCGUUAUAGGAGGGUGUUGAUGAGACAGGUAUUUGACACAUGGCUGCUGAAUGCCUGCAAGCAGCAAGAAUACCGAAUGGCAGAGAAGAGGGCUGCACUUCAUUUUGAAAGGCAGCUAUUGCGUUGUUUCUGGUGCUUCUGGCGUAGAAGAACAGCUGCCUGUUUGGAGGAGCAAGAGAACUUGGUUCAUGCACAAGGUCACUACAGCAACCUGCUGCUGCUGAAGGCUUUCUGUCUGUGGAAGCAAAAUACUCAGGAGAGAAAAACAGAGAGGCUCAAGGAGAUGCAAGCCUUAAGAUUUCACCAUUCAAAGUGUCUGCAGCAGACUUGGAACAAGUGGAAGGAGUACGUGGAACAUCAGCGUGAGAAAUGGAGGAAGCUGGUGCAAGCAGACAUGCACUAUCAGCACACAUUACUGGGCAAGACCUUGGCAGCCUGGAAGACUUACCAACAUAACGUACAGUGUAUUCUAUCCCAAGUAGCUGACAAGGAGAACCGGCACACCAGACUGCUGCUCCGGCAGGUUCUAUAUACGUGGAGAGAAAAUGCUCUUGCUCUUGUAUGUGAAGCUAAGGCUGCUAUUCAGGCAGAGGAGCACUACAGGAGAGCAAUCCUGUCAAAGGUGUUGGCACAGUGGAGGUAUGCUGCCCUGCUCCAAGUGUGUAGCCGUCAGCAGAAGAUGAUGGCUGUGAUGCAGGCCAGAAAACAUUUGGAUAUAGUGCGUUUACAGUCCAUGUUUCUUCACUGGAAGGACUUAACUAGGGAGUCUCUGAUGCUGAGGGCUCAGCAGCACAGGGCAGCACAGCACCACCAGCAGCACCUACUGCAGAAGUACCUGGUGAAAUGGAAGAAGUAUCAUCAGCAGUGCCUUGGGAAAACGCUACUACAGAGACUGGGAGAUCAGCUAAUGACUCGUAGACUUUGCUCUACUUCCUUCUCUUGCUGGAAGACACGGCUGUUGGAGCAACGAUGGGAAAAGCAGAAGAUGGUGCAAGCAUUGUGGCACUGGUCCCUUUCAUUGCAGAGAAAGGUAUUUGCUGCUUGGUUCAGAUUUACCAAAGGGCAACAGCAGAAGAAAGAUUGCAUAGAAAAAGCCACAGGAGUUUACCACGCUGCUCUUCUGAGAGAAGGUGUACCCCAGGUCUUGAGAAACACCACUGGCUUGAAACAGUUGCAAGGACAGCACCAAGCCCAGCAUCAGCUUGAGGCAGCCUACAACCUUCACCAGUCAGUGUAUCGCUGUGCCAUGCUGUGGAAACAGAAGGCUCUCUCCAAGAAAUUAAAUCAGCCUUGUUCUUCUCUUCUACCUCUGAAGAAGCAAGUGAUGUUUAAAAUGACUGAUGUUAGUUCUGGGAGAAGAGGACAUUCAGCAGAGGAAAAGGCAUGGCCUUCAAAAUACAAGCACCUACCAUUUCACCUUGCUGAUGGGGACCCAGUUCUCAGGAAUCUAAAUACCAUUCAACGAGCAAGGUUACCACCACAGAGGCCUGACUUCCUUCUGGGCUCUCUAGAAGGCAAGGCACUGCUGGGAUCUCCUUUCUCUAGACCAGAGGCACCUUUUCAGCAUACAUCUGUGAACAAAUGUCUUGGGCAGACUGGGAGCAUAGUGCAAACACCUGAAGUGGAAGAAAGUACCCAUAAAUGUGUGUCUCAAAUGGGCAAUACCACUCGAUCCUACCCAUCUCUUGGACAUGCUUUACCAAUGUGGACAAAUGAUGUGCACUGUGCUGCUCAAAGGCCAGAGCUAAGGUCUCUUUUGUCUUUCAUGGCUCAAAUGAAUGCUGGAGCAGAAAUGAGAGGAGGUCAGCCUGUGAGUGGUCGCAAAGGAGCCCAUUCCCAAGACUUUCAACAGGACUCUAUGGAGAAGAAGUUACAACCAAACUUGGAGCCACAUUUGCUGUCACCUGAAACCUUGGUGGGAAAACGGAGUCACCAGACUGCAGCUGAAAGGGAAGAAAGGGAGCACAGUUCCAGAGAAGAAAUGAUGUUACAGAGGAAGCUGGAAGUUGAACUCCGACACAUCCAACAGCAGAUGCAGUACUACUUCAGCAGGAAGCAAGAACUCAAGUCCUGUCAGCAGCAGGCAGAGAUUCUACAGCAGUGGCUAGAAACCAGCACACAACCAGAGGACCAAGGUGGUGUACAAGAUGUUCAGGAAGAAUUGAAUCAGCUGCAUGUGAGGAUCAACACUCUCACCAAAGCACAACAGAAAGAGAGGUAUCAUGUGAAGAACCUGGUUGCCCGCCUGCAUGAAAUCCAGACUGCUCUCAACACAUAAUGCAUCUGAACCAAUAUUCCAACUCAUGGAAAGCUGCCUACCACGAUCUUGCUCACCUGGUCAAAGUAGAUGCGAAUAGAGCCCACAUUAGUUGCUCCUACAGCUGUUAAAGAGAAGAAGCCAUGUUUCCAGUCACCUGUAAGGACAACCCGUUCAUUGUGGCAGAACAGUUCCUUGAUCCAGCGAGCAACUCCAGGAUUCACAGACAUCAGAGAGCCUGCAAUAGUGAGACAAUAUUCAAGUUGUCUGGUUUGUAGCAGUACUGCAAUGCUAUCCGAAUGGUAUUUUCAAUAUAACAGUAGCUAAUCCAGUCAACAAUUCUGUCACUUAUCUGGAGGAAGAGAAGCAAAUGGUAGGCACAGGGAAUGAAAAACAAAGUGAUACUAAAAACAAAAGGGUCAUAGGAAAAUGUAGUCCAGAAAGAUGCACUCUUGAGCAAGGCUUAUAUUACUUUGCAUUUUAUCUAGCUGAAUCACAAGGGAAACCGAAGACCCCUUCAUUUGUAAGGUUUGAAUGCAAUCUGGAACAGCAUCUACAGUUCUCUCUGUAAAAGAGCAAAGGGUUUGUAUUUUCAAGCCUGUAAAUGGUUCUUUUCAGGCUGACCAGUACAGAAUAACCACCAAAUUUUAAAUUCCUACACAGUUCUUAAAGUAAUUUAGUCAUGUAUAGUCACCUAACAUGUUUCUAGCUAUAAACUGCAUCUGCUUUGCUGCACUGAAUCCCAUAGUAGCAUUUCACCCAUACUCCUGCAAUGUAAUCAAGGUCUAACUUAAAGCUGAGACUUAUUUCUCCAGCAUCAUGGCAGGUCACUGACCCUCUUCUCAUCGUGUUUGAAGGCAAAUCCAAGUACUUAUAUUUUCACUAGAUACCAAGUUUUGUUAUCUGCUGAACUAGAGUGUGAUGACCUGCAAAGAGGA